AUGGCUGGGAAAAUCUUCGCUCGCAUUCUUCUCAACCGCCUGAACCGCCAUUUGGAACAAGGUCUCCUGUCGGAAAUCCACUGCUGUUUCCGCCGUUAUCGUGGGAACACCGGCGUGACCUCCGUCGACCGACAAUGUCAGGAGAAGUUCCAGGAUAUGUGGACUCACCCGUACUCUGCCGCCGUGGAUCCUACGACAGCCAUCGACACAGUGAAUGGUGAAGGACUGCGGAAAAACAUGCGGAAAUUCAGCCGUCCAGAGCGAUUCACUCAGAUGGUGCGCCAGUCCCACGAGAGUCUGAUCGCGCGCGUCACGGACAAUGGAGUUGUUUCAGAGGCGUUCGCAGUGACCAACGGAACGAAGCAAGGCUGCGUCUUCGCGCCCACCCCCUUCAGUCUUAUGUUCUCUGCCAUGGUGAUGGGAGCCUACCGUGACCGACGCCCUGGAAUCCGCAUCGCCUACAGGACGGACGGCCACCUCCUCAACCACAGGUGGAUGCACUUCCAGUCGCGUGUAUCCACAACCAUCGUCCACGAACUUCUCUUCGCCGACGACUGCGCCCUCAACACUACCUCGGAAGAAGAGAUGCAACGGAGCAUGGAUCUCUUCUCCGCCACCUGCGGGAACUUCAGCCUGAUCAUUAACACGGACGAGACGGUGGUCAUGCACCAACGGCCACUCAACACAGCCCACAAUGCGCCGCAAAUCAGACUGAACGGAACCCAGAUGCAGGUAGUAAACAGCUUCAUGUAUCUGGGUGGCAUCCUCUCCCGUAGCGCUAAAAUCGACGGUGAAGUGGCCCGCCGGAUUUCCAAGGCCAGUCAAGCCUUCGGUCACGUUCAAAACACAGUUCGGAAUCGUCACGGUCCUUAA